AUGGAAGAUCCCGAAAAACAGCCGGGGUCAUCCGUCUCCUCCCUCUCGUCAGAUGCCACCCCAGACGUCCUCAAAAUCCCACCACCACCAGACGGCGGAACCCUAGCCUGGCUACAUGUCUUCUUCGGGCAUAUGGUGUUUUUCAACACUAUCGGGGUGACUAACAGCUACGGCGUCUUUCAACAAUACUACACCGAAACCCUGGGUCAUUCUCCAAGCACCGUAGGAUGGAUUGGCGGCAUUCAAAUGUUUCUCAUUUUCUUUGGAGGCGUGUUUUCGGGGAGAGCUACCGAUGCAGGUUAUUUUCGGCAUUGUUUCGUCACCGGGGUUGUGUUUCAGGCUAUCUGUUAUGGGUUGGGAUGCGGGCUACUUUUCACCCCGGGUCUGUCAGUAACGAGUUCGUAUUUCUUGAAGAGACGGACCCUUGCCAUUGGGAUUGUUGCUGCGGGUGCUGCUACUGGAGGUAUGGUGUAUCCUGCAGUGGCCAAUGCGUUGCUAUACCAUUCCACUGUGGGAUUUCCCUGGACAAUGCGCGUCAUGGGGUUGAUUAUGUUGAUUACGCAUAUCCCAUCAAUUAUUGGAUAUCGACCCUAUGUCCCACCCCGUUCUACGGGACCGCUUGUUGAAUGGGCCGCAUUCCGCGAAACUCCCUUCGUCGCUUUUAUUGCCUCUAUGUCCCUCUGUUUCUGGGGACUGUACAUGGCCUUCUUCUACCUAGGCACAUUUGCGCGGGGCACAAUCCAUCUCGCAGACUCUUUGAACCUCGUCAUUGUCCUCAACGGCGUGGGCGUCAUUGGCCGAAUGGUCCCGAACAUCCUCGCCCAACGAUUCACUGGUAUCACAAACAUGAAUAUCUUCUGCAACAUCAUCUGUGCAAUUUGCAUAUAUUUCUGGAUGGCUGUCGAUAGUAGUUCUGGACUAUAUGUCUGGAGCGUUGCGUACGGACUAUUCGCUGGUGCCGCACAAGCACUUUUCCCAACGAUGGCGACUCGUCAGACUACGGAUAUGAGCAAAAUGGGUACGAGGACGGGGAUGAUAUUUACGAUUAUUAGUUUCUUUUGUCUGACUGCGCCGGCGAUUGAGGGAGCUCUGAUACAGGUUGAUGGGGGAGAUUAUAUGGGUGCACAGUUGUUUGCGGGUAUUGCUGUUGUUCUGGGUACCGGGUGCUUGAUGCUGAACCGGUGGGCAAGAGUUGGAUGGAGGAUCGCUAAAAUAUGA